CCAAGGUCUAAGGAAAGACGGAAUAUUUGCGAUCAACGUCAGUGUUGUGUAAAUUACGAAGAGGAACAAAAGCUUUAAAUAAGCACAACAAUAAUAAAUAUAAUAUUAAUAAAAUGGCGCUGUUUAACAUCGAAAUGCGGUUAUUGAACUUAAUUCUUGUAUGGCUUGUGUGUACCAGCCAAGCGGCGCCUAUAGCGGAAGAGAAUGCCAUAAAUGCAGCAGAUUCAGUAUCAACUUGGAGUCCAAUAAUGCAAGUUUCCCUCCCCAAUACAGAUACCAACACUGAGACGUACUCAAAUCUACAAACUGCUGACAAACCAGAUGCAAUUUUCGCCGAGGCAGGUAAUAAAGUUGAUGAGGAAUCUGUUGAGAGUGCCGCGACUGCAGCUGAGCAUAUGGCCACCGCUAUUGUGGCACCACUAACACAUAUCGCACAUAUCACAUACGAUUCUGUGCCGGUGACGCACAAACCCAACGAUCGUAAGCCACUCUUCCACCGCGAAUCUCAUGAUGAGUUGAUCAAGUUGUAGAAUGUGGCA